AUGAAUCUCUCUUUCACUAUUCCGUUCUUAUCAACAAAACGAAAAACAACUGCCAUCUGCUCCUUAUCAGAAACAUCACUAGACUCAUCCACCAGCAACCCAAAUACAUCAUGGGCAGUUGUUUUUCGUUUUGUUGAUAAGAACGGAAUAGUGAAAGAGAGAUUCAUUGAGCUUAUUCAUGUGAAAGAAACAUCUGCUUUAUCUCUGAAGUCUGCUAUUGAUUCCUUGUUUGCUAAAUAUGGAUUGAGCUUAAAACAAGUUAGAGGACAAGGGUACGAUGGAGCAAGCAAUAUGAAAGGAGAAUUUAAUGGAUUGAGAUCAUUGAUUUCAAGAGAAAGUAGAGCAGCAUAUUAUGUCCAUUGUUUCGCUCACCAACUUCAAUUGGUCGUUGUAGCAGUUGCAAAGGAACUCUUUGAUGUUGGAAACUUUUUCGAUAUGAUUUCACUUUUGUUGAGUGUGGUUGGAGGUUCUUGCAAAAGAAAAGACAUGAUUCGAGAAAGCCAUAGAAUAAAAGUGAACGAAGAAAUUAAUAAUGGCGAGAUUAGUACAGGAACUGGGUUGAAUCAAGAUAUUACUUUGCAGAGACCUGGAAAUACUCGUUGGGGGUCCCAUUACAAAACACUGUUGCGCUUGGUUGAGUUGUUUUCUUCUAUCAUUGAGGUGCUAGAGUAUGUUGAGAAUGACGGUACAGAUACAGUUAAAAGACGUCAAGCCUAUGGUCUUCUCAAAUAUUUCCACACAUUUGAUUUUGUGUUCUAUCUACAACUGAUGUUACUCAUUCUAGGACUCACAGAUAAUUUAUCAAUGGCUUUACAGAGAAAAGAUCAAGACAUUUUGAAUGCCAUUUCGUUGGUAAAAUCUACAAAGAGACAGUUACAACAACAAAGAGACGCUGGAUGGAAUUUGCUUUUAGAUAAUGUGUCUUCUUUCUGUGAGAAACACAAUAUUGAAAUAAUCAAUAUGGAGGAAGAUUAUGUGGGUUCAAGGAGGCUAAGGAAAAAACCCAGUAUAAGCAACUUGCAUCACUAUCAGAUAGAUUGUUUCUAUACUGUUAUGGAUUUCCAGCUUCGAGAAUUCAAUGAUCGAUUUGACGAGAUGACUUCAGUUUUUCGGAGCAAGUAUCUCUUCGACAUGAACUGAGUAUCUACUUCGACAAUCUGAUGGAAGAUGACAG